GAGGAGAGAGAGACACACACAGAGACAGGGAGAAGAGAGAGAAGAGAGAGAGAGAGAGAGAUGGCUAAGGAGGGAACCGUUUGAGUUUCCGUUUUUUCAGUUAUUAUAUGAAGGUUUACCCACAGCAAUGGUGUCGGACCAAGAAAUAUCAAGCAGCGUUGAGUCUCUGCUCCGUCAAUCGGAUCCUCGCAGUUUUACCUCCCUUAACGGCGUCGUUCAGCAGUUGGAAGCGAAGCUAGGGUUAAGCCUCGCCCACAAGGCUGGCUUCAUCAGAGACCAGAUCGAUCAUCUUCUCCGAUCACAAGUCCAACAACACGCUCCGAAGGACCAUUUUGCCCUUCAACAGCACCCUCAAUAUCAGAACACCCAUCCCCAAAUCCCUCAACAUUUCGCCCUUCCUGUCCACCGUCACGAGGAGCUCAACUUCCGAGGUGCUCCUCCUCCGGCGCAGCUACAGCCCCUACCGGUGACCAAAGCUAAUGCUUUUAUCCAGAAUGUCGUUGCUCUACCUGCCCCUGAAAUACCCAAAGAAAGUGCUCCAACUGGAACCAAAAGGAGAGGUGGCCCGGGAGGGCUCAACAAAGUUUGUGGUGUUUCACCUGAACUCCAGGCCAUUGUUGGUGAGCCAGCCCUGCCAAGGACCCAGAUUGUGAAGCAAUUAUGGGCUUACAUAAGAAAAAACAAUCUCCAAGAUCCAAGCAAUAAGAGAAAGAUAAUUUGCAAUGAUGAGCUGCGUUUGGUGUUUGAAACAGACUGUACUGACAUGUUCAAGAUGAAUAAACUGCUAGCCAAGCAUAUUAUCCCUCUUGAACCCUCAAAAGAGUCAGGUAAAGAUUCUAAGAGGAUAAAGCUAGACAUGGAGUCUGCAACUGAAAGUAUCGAAGCUGGUGAAUCUUCCGUGAUAAUAUCUGUUGCACUUGCCCAAUUUUUUGGCACUGGGGAAAGGGAAAUGCUUCAAUCGGAAGCUGUAAAUCGUGUUUGGGAUUACAUAAAAGUUAACCAGCUGGAGGACCCCCUAAACUCGAUGGCGAUACUUUGUGAUGCAAAGCUUCAUGAACUUAUUGGAUGUGAAAGCAUUUCUGCAUUGGGUAUGUCAGAGAUUCUGGUGCGCCAUUUCUUCAAACGAUCAUGAUGUCCUCUAGUGUUGACUGGUGUAAAGCAUCGAUGCUGACUAGUCAGUUCUUACAGUAGAGCAGAUACUUUUAAGAAGAUAUCAUUUGGAUUUUAUGUGCUGUGAUUGAUUAGAUGCUAAGUUGUUCUUCAGACUCAUUUAUGAGCAAGAUGAAAGUAUACUCUGGGCCAAUGGUGAGGAAUAUGUUGUGUAGUUAAAGCCAUGGUCCUGGAUUCAGGUUUUCUCACUGAGUAUCUUAGGGUA